UUUUUAAUUUUUUUUUUUUUUAAUGUUUGUAAUGAUUUAAGGAUUCAAAGCUAACAGUUAAAGUUUAAAAUAAUACAUGUUUUUAAAGCUUUUUUUCUUGCUCAUUUAUUUUUUACUAGUUUUUGUUGGCGUAAGGAUUAUUGAUUUCUCUUUGGAAUCUUUUUCAUUAAACUCUAUUCAAGAUGCAAUCGUUAAAUUCUUGCCAAAAGGUUUCUGGAAUGAUAUGUUUCAAGAUAAUAAGACAUUUUUCAGAAAUGAUUCUAUGUUGAAAAAGUUUGUUUCACCUAAAAUUGUAACAAAAGUACCAUCAUUUUCAGUUCUUUGUUCUUUUCAAGAUUACAUUGAAAAGAUUGAGGAUACAAAUACAAGUAUUUGGUUAGUUUUAAUUCGGUCCUACAAAAAUGCGUCGAUUCCUAUGGAAGAAAUGAAUUGGAAUUUUUUGUCUGAUAAAUUAACUUAUUAUGGAAUAAAAACUGCAACUUAUGACUGUAAUGUUGAUCACUUUUUGUGCUUACAUUUAAAUAUACAUGUACCAUCUUUACUUUUGACUAUAGAAAAGGAAAAUAUAGCUGUUUAUAAAUAUAGUAAGUCGAUUUCUAUUAACAAGAUUUUUCAAUGGGUUCAACGUAAACUUUACUUUAAACUUAAAAGUGUUCAGUCAUUUAAGGAAAUUAGUAGUGAACCAGUUGCUAAUGAGUUUCCUUCAAUGUUGUUUAUUUAUUCUUCUAGCAACAGUGCACCUCCACUUUUUUUUACAUCGCUUUCAGUAACAUUUAGUGGUCGUGUAGAGUUUUAUAUUCUAAAGUCUAGCAACAGCAAUGAUAAUGCAGUUGCCAUGAAUAAAUAUGCAAAAUAUAAUUAUGGAAAACAUAAGGGAGAAAAUUUUUCAUACAAAUGCAUAAAUUUAUUUUUGAGAACAUUGCAUCCUGAACUAAAUGAUAUUUUUAUAUUUUCUGUUAUAUUGUUUAAUAUGGCAUGCUGGUUAGAAAUAUUUUUACAGAAAGGUGGACCAAUUAGAAGAAUUAUUUAUUAUAUUUGGGGUUGUUUAAUUACUAAUAUUGUUUUGGUUUCACUAUGGAUCUUUAUUAUUCAAGUUAUAAAUUUACCACAAGUUCAGCCUAUUACAGAUAUUUUUUUGAAGGCCCUUCAGUACUUAAUGUUUUCAGAUGUAGCGGCUACUAUAAGGCAGGACUUUCUUCAGGUGAUGCAGCAUUUAUAUAUUGCAACUUUUGGAUUUUUUUUCUAUGGAGUUAUUCUCGGUUACUUACGCUAUAAGUUUUUAAAUCAUGAGGAGAAUGAAUCUGGAUCAUUGGUUACAAUUUUAUUAAAUGAUUUCCAAGAUCUUAACAACAUGAUGACAUCACUAUUUUCCUACAUAACACCAAGAUUUCAAGUUUUUUUAUUUGAUGAUAGUAUUGAUAGAGUUUUACAGAGGUUAUCAACUCCUGAUUUAUGGCUUCAUCCAUUGAAUUCAUUAAAUUAUAUUCAAGAUCUGCCUUCUUGGAAAUUUUCUGCAUCACCUCUUUAUAACAAUAAUAUAUCUUGUUCAGAUGAAUGUAAAUGUAAACAUGCUGACAAGGUUCAAUGUAAUUUUGGUUCAAUUAGAUUUACAAAGUCAAAAUGUUCCUUUGAAGAUGAAAUUAGAAAAUAUGGCUAUUCAGUCAAUGAGUGUGUUAUUUGCAUGGAGCAGUUUAAAUGUUAUGAAAUUGUGACAGGGCUACCAUGUUUACACAUUUUUCAUAAAUUUUGUAUCUAUAAUUGGUUAGUAUUAGAGAAUAGUAAACAUAGAUGCCCUGUUUGCCGAUGGCCAGCUAGAUUACAAAAAGGUAUAGUUGAAGUAAUCGACUUAACAGAUUAAUUCUUUCUACUUUUUUUUUGAUCUUACAAAUUUUUUCAAUUAAAAAGUCUUGCAAUAAA